UUAGACAUCUUAGUUAAUAUUUUUGCAUCGAAAACAAUGAUAUCGUGAUUAUAACACUAUUAAACUCUUCUUAAAAGAUGCGAUGAAAAUGUUUCUGUUCUGCCUUAAGACGAGGAUUUGAUGUUAAUCGUUGCGUUUCAAUGCUUUCUUAAAACAGUUACGUUUUUCGUCAAUUCUGGACUUGAUUAUGUAAGCAAAAUUUAUAAAGUAGGCCUAUGUGCGUGUUGUGUGUUAUAUAGUCUAGCUACACACAGAAUUUUUUCCCCGUUUCUCACACACCCUUAACUUUCCACGAACGAUACGAGGAAAUUUUUAUCUUUUGAGGACUACUGAAUUUCUACUACUAAGCGCACUGUGAACACGGUGAAAUCACUGUCCAAUCGGAUAUCCACAAGGAUGACGUGAUGACCAAUCCACACCCUUUCGGGCAGCAGUUGACAAGUGGACUUCUGGCUUGCACACCUUGGCCAAGAUCAUAACUUUAAGGAGAGGAACGGCGACACUCGUGACAGCCUUGUAAAGUUGCGAACGACGCGUUAAUCUGUUUGUGAGGUGGGCCAGAUGGAGAAAUCUAAAAACUUUCGGAUCGACGCGCUUCUUGCUGUCGAUCCACCAAAAGUGCAGACCUCGCCGCUGGCGCUGGUCACCUCCCUGCCCACCUCUUCCAUAUCAUCCUCCUCCGAAAGUGUCCAGGCGUCAGAGUUGACCACGAACUCCGAAGCACUUCGGACCGCGACUCCAUCUCCCCCCAGGAUAUCGUCUUGCGGGUUGAUUCCCAAACCGGGUUUCUUAAACUCUCCACAUUCGGGCAUGGUCGGACUACACCCUCAGAGCAGCACCGGGAUUCCUCCUCAGGCUCUCUACGGUCAUCCAAUGUACACAUAUUCAGCAGCAGCGCUCGGUCAGCACCCGGCGCUGUCGUACUCGUAUCCGCAUGGGUCGCACCAUCACCAUCCCAAUGACCCCCUCAAACUCACCGCCAGCUCCUUCCAGCUCGAUCACUGGCUGAGGGUGUCAACUGCGGGAAUGAUGCUGCCCAAAAUGGCAGAUUUCAAUGGCCAGGCGCAGUCAAACUUGCUCGGGAAGUGCAGAAGACCCAGAACCGCGUUCACAAGCCAGCAGCUCCUUGAACUUGAGCAUCAAUUUAAGCUGAAUAAAUAUCUAUCUAGACCAAAACGCUUUGAAGUGGCCACAUCACUAAUGCUUACAGAGACACAGGUGAAAAUCUGGUUUCAGAACAGGCGUAUGAAAUGGAAGCGCAGUAAAAAGGCAAAAGAACAAGCCGCCCAGGAGGCCGAGAAGCAGAAAGGUAAAGGAAACCAGGACAAAAUGGACGGACUAGAGAAGGACUACCAGAAGGUAGAUUCAGUUAAAAGUAACAGAAUACGGGACUUCAGAGACAGUGACGACGAAGAAGGAGAUAAUUACAUGCUGAAUUCAUCUGAUUGUUCCUCCGAGGACGAACGAGCCAACGCCAGUGACAUAAGUCCACAACCAUGAGACUUCUUUUACAAAAAACACCCAUGAAAGCGAAGUAUGUGAUAUGCAUGUUAUCAUCUUGCAGUCAUUAUGGAAAUGCUGAGGUGGACGUCCACAUGAGCUGUUUGUAUUACUUUCAAACAUUGACUGGAUAGCUACUCCUGAAGGUAGACUGGUGAUACGGUUCAAGAGCAUGUGGUAAAAUCGCAUUUCAUCAAGCAAAAAUAGAUGACUAGGCCUAUCACUUUCAGAAAUAAUUAGCAUCAUUAAUAUGAUCCUAUUCGAUAACCACUGCGUAUUAAUUUCUGAACUCAAGUGGGAUAAAGAAAAUCAUCUACAACCAGAACCAUAUGUGAUCUGUUUAUUUUUAUACAAUGUAUUUAUAACGAAAUCGCUUUUAAAAUGCAUGUAAAUUAUUGUUUGCUUAUCAGUUACGCUCUGUG